UCUUGUCUUCUAGAAAGCUCUUUCCUCACCAGCCGCCUGAAAGCUUUAACUCUUUAUAAACUUGUUUAUAAAACACGACCGAGCCUAUUAUUUUAAAAUUAUUUGCAAAUUAAAUGAGGGCGGUAUCAUCUGGUGUUAUUUUAAAGUAAGCACUGUUACGUUAAAUAGUGGGCAGAGCUGCGCUGAACACCACCGCCCACUGAUGAUGGUAGCAGGUCAUGCGGCCUCCACUGUUUUGAUCCACGGCUCUGACAGACAGGGUAGAGAUGGCGGAAGACUUUAAGUCCGGGUGACUCUUUCAAACAACCCUGCUACUGUGAUACAUCUCCAUUGUACCUAACAGGACGGGAUAUUCUCCGGGAAGCUGGCGGCUUUGUACGGCACUCGGUUCCUCCCGGAGGACAUGGAGAUCAUGGCAGAGGGAGAAGCGGAGGAGCGCAGAAAGGAGCACUGGAAGCUGCUGUCCAGCCUGAAGACCACAGUGGAGGGCCUCUUGUCCACCAACAACCCCAACGUGUGGUCGCGGUAUGGUGGCUUGCAGCGGCUGCACAAGGACAUGAACAACAUCCUCAGCCAUGGACUUAGGAAUGAGCAGGUGUACUACAAGCAGAGAAACUAUUGGCCGUUUGUUUGGUGUGUUCGCUACAUCAGCCCACAGCUCGCCUCCCACGUUGAACAGUUCAGGCACCUGGAGCCGGUACUGAGCAGUGGGAUAAAGAGUGCUGGUGAAAGCUACAAGGCUGAGCGUUGGCUGCUUCACAGCUUACAGGUUCACAUGCUGUCAGCGCAGCUCCGACCUUUGCUCAAGCAUCUGGGGCACAUGCGUAAAUACUACAAUGAUGAUGCUUUUCUGUUGAGCGAGCCUCAUGUGACCGCCAUGUUCCAGUGUCUGGAAGCUGUGGAGCAGAAUAAUCCCAAACUGCUCGCCCAAGUAGACACUGUCGGGCUGUCCCCUCUGAAGGCCCCACCAUGCCUAGGGCUACUGAAGAGCCAGAGUCUGUGUGUCUUGCCUGGAUCUGGUGGAGCCUGGAGGAACGCCGACAAGGCUCCCAGCAGAGAAUCUCUAAGUCGCAGACUCACCACCUCCAACUGCUCUCUGCGAGAAGCAGUCGCCACCAGCCAAAACUCUGCGAGCACUACAGCAGCUGAAUCCCCAAACAGCAGCAGCACAAACACUACCUCUCAAACCAGCAGCCUGGAAUCUCAAUGGGUGGUUGUCACCAGGCCGGGGGAGAACGCACGAGGUGCGUCGCCCCCACCUGGCUCAGCGUCCAUCCCUUCCAUCUCGUUAACGGACACCAACUCCACAUCCUCCUUCCUUCAGUCCGAGGCCGACGAGUACGGUGGCGGCGGUGACUCUGACGAUGGUCCAGAGUAUUUGGCCAUCGGUAACCUCGGGCAACGCAACGGUCGACGUAAUUCCCAAAGCUCCACCCACAGCAGCGAGCGGGGGGAGAACACGGACCAAUCCCUGCAGCGGAGUUCCACUACACAGGCCCCGCAGAGGCGUUCAUCUUUUUCAGAGGGCCAGAAGGGGCCGGGGAGGGGGCUCAAAGGACACACUCGAUCAUUCUCUGACACAGGGGUCAAUCAGAAACUCAGGAAUGAAUCAGCAGGCGAGGACUGCUGCAUGAAAGACUACAGCCCGUUCUCACCUCAGCACAGCGAUACCAGCACAUCCAGUUCUCUUUACAUGGAGUCUCAUGGGUCCCAGUACAGCAGUACCUCAGAGGGGAUGUUCAGGAGGCCGUCAGAGGGGCAGAGCCUCAUCAGCUACCUGUCAGAGCAGGACUUUGGCAGCUGUGCAGACCUUGAGAAGGAAAAUGCCCAUUUCAGCAUCUCCGAGUCGCUUAUUGCAGCCAUUGAGCUGAUGAAAUGCAACAUGCGGCGUCAGGAGGAGGGCGAGGAGGAAGGAGACAGUGACAGCGAGAUUCAGCAGCUGAAGCAGAAGAUUCGCCUGCGGAGGCAGCAGAUCAGACGCAGCCGUCUGCCGCCAUCCGCAAACUCCCAACACGCUUUUCACUCCACUGACAGUGGAGGCUCCAGGAGGAGCUCUCAGGACUCCUCCCAGGGCCUGUCUGACUCGGGCUCAGCAGAGGAGGUGGAGGAGUGUGAACUGCGAGAUGGCUGUGAGGGUCAGUCCCUGUUGGCGAUGUCUCAGAACGGCCUCUCCCUGUCACUCGCCUCCCUCUUCUCAGAUGCGGACAUAAAGCCCAGUGUAAGCUCCAGCGGCAGAUCUUUUCUCAGCUCAGAUUCAUUCAGCACCCCCUCCUUCCUCCAGUCUAACUCAGCUGAGUCAGUAGCCAUGGGUUUACUCAGGCAGUUUGAGGGCAUGCAGCUUCCUGCAGCUUCUGAGCUCGACUGGCUGGUCCCAGAACAGGAUGCCCCUCAGAAGUUGUUGCCCAUCCCAGACUCUCUGCCAAUCUCUCCCGAUGACGGCGAGCACGCAGACAUCUACAAGUUAAGGAUUCGGGUGAGAGGUAACCUCGAGUGGGCACCGCCGCGACCACAGAUAAUCUUCAACAUUCAUCCUGCACCCAAGAGGAAGAUAAUUGUGGCUAAACAGAACUACCGCUGUGCUGGCUGUGGCACCCGCAUUGACCCAGACUACAUUAAGCGGCUACGUUACUGUGAAUACCUCGGCCGGUACUUCUGCCAGUGCUGUCAUGAAAACGCUCAGGCAGUCGUUCCCGGCCGGGUGCUGAGGAAGUGGGACUUCAGCAAAUACUAUGUCAGCAACUUUGCCCGAGACCUGCUGAACAAGAUUUCUGGAGAUCCGCUUUUCAACCUCAAUGAUAUCAACAGCGGGCUGUACAAGAAAAACAAAUCUCUGGAGACUGUUCGGGUUUUGAGGAUGCAGCUCUUUCACAUGAAAAAUCUCUUCAAGACAUGUCGCCUUGCUAAAGACUUGUUGGACCAGUUCGACAGCCUGCCGGGUCACCUGACAGAGGACUUUCACCUCUUCUCCCUCAACGACCUCACUGCUGUGCGCAACGGGGAGCUGGGUUCCCGAAUGAAAGAGCUGCUGAAACUUGGUACCAUGCAUGUAGCCAACUGUGUGCUGUGCCAAGCAAAAGGCUUUGUUUGCGAGUUCUGCGGGAACGACAAAGACAUCAUCUUCCCUUUCCACCUGAGCAAGUGCCAGCGUUGCGAAGACUGCCACGCGUGUUACCACCGCACCUGCUUCCGCACAGGUAAAGGCUGUCCUCGCUGCCAGCGGCUGGCAGACCGGAGAGAGAGGAUGGCACGCAAAAACAUGGAGGAGCAGGAAGAUGAGGGAGGUGGGGCUUAAAGCUUGCAACAGGGGAGCCUCAGAGAAAGAGGAGAAGGAGGAGGAGAAGCACAACACGACCAUGAUUGUAGUGGCUGACCAUCUCUCGUUCCGCUCCAGCCUUUGUAACUCGGGGAGACGGCGCCUUCGCAAUGCAGGUUUUACUACAUCAGGGCAGCCGCAUCACUCAGAAAGAGGACCAAGGCUGGUGUUGAUUUUUCCGGUGAAUCUCUUUUAGACAUGCACUUUACUCUAAGAAUGCGUCCUGCUAGAAUGGUAGUGAUUUUUAGAAAUCAUCUCCCUGAUUUGGCAAUUGGAUUAGAUUUGUCUGUCCUUUGCUGAUGACUUUAUUUAAAUUUCCUUGUAAAUACGAACUAAAAAUUCUUGCCAGCGUCUCCGUAUGGUAGUGCUUCUGUUGCUCCAAAGUGAGUUUUAAAAGAGGGCGCCUUUCUUGUUUCAGCUGUGCUGAAUCAUUCCUGAAUUAAUAAAAUCGCUGUGUGUGAAUAAGAAAACGUGCUGCCUUACACAGAUGUUUGAUGCUCUCAUGUUGUAGUUUCAUGUGUGAAAAGAGCCAAAGAUUCUCGACCUGUCAGAAAGUCCCCAUUUUUCUUUUUUAAAUAUUUAAACUGGGAUUGCAAAACGUUAAUUUUUUUUCUUGAAGAACUGAUCAGUUUCCCAGUUAAGACACUGUAUUUAAAUAACCCAUGAAUGCUCUCUCUUCCUCGCUCCUUACUGUCCCGAUUUUAGCCGUUUUACACACAUUUGUGUGCCUCUUGGACAAAGCUGCAUUUAAAACACUUCAGAGGAGGUGUUUCAAAUCAGCAUUGAGAGUAUUUUAAAUAAUUUUUUUGUGCUGCUGCUGCUGCUUUGUGUGCAUUUGGUUACUGGAGAGAGGUGUGUCGUGAGUGUGGGUGCUUGUGUUUAUUUGUGCACAUGUCUACCUGCUGUGCGUGUAGCCCAACUGGCACGCGGCUGCUCGUUGUAGAAUUUGGAAUAUUGGAGAAGGUUUGGUUAAUUGCACUGAUCCCAUGUUUUUGUUGGAGGGGGUGAGGGUGGGACAUCACUCUUUGGGUGAAUUAGAUUAGAUGUGUGUCAGGAACAUGAACCCUGAUCUUGAACAGUCUUAAAAGUUCCUGCCAGCUGAGUUUCUCAACAAAUAAGAUCCACGAGGUAGAAGAGACAUACCAUUAUCACUUCUUGGGCUAAAUUUGUAUUUUUUUCUUCCAGCAGUUUGAAAGUAAACACGACGGUUCACUGUUUUAACACAGAGUUGUGUGCGAGUGCAAUUCCUUCCAAUGGGACUGCUAGCUUGGAGUCUCCUUUAACUGUUUAAACUGACUGUAACAGGCUGUAGGUUCUGACCUUGUAUGAGAGUGCCGUGAUCAUCGGUAGCAGAUGAGGAAUUUCAGUAGUUGAACCAAAAAUAUCUUUAUAACUCUGAUCGUUUCAUUUUGAUGACUUUUUUGCAAACCGAGCAUCGCACAGAGGAAUAGAAAUGUCUGAUUAGUGGCUCUGUUGUAAGCUGAAUUGAUCGCAUUUGUAGUCCUCAAGUCCUUCGAUAGACUAGAUAAAAAUCCAGAGUUUAUGUAUCCCAUCUGUAGAUUUGAAGAAGUUGAGGUUUUGGGCACAUAAGGAUGAAAUAUUUAUGUCCUCAAAAACUGCCAGAAAGACUGAUUUUUGAAUUUCGAGAUGCUUUUUAGAAGAAACACUGAACCAAGUGACUGCUCAGCUCUACGGACAAACCUCCAUUUAGAUGACGAUUGUUGUGUUUUUUGCCUUUAACAUGGAGGAACGAAGGAGCCUUACAGUGCACUACAGAUCCAAAUGUAUGUUAUUAAAAAAGUUGAUUAUUAUGAUUGUGUGUUCAUUUGCUUUGGUUCUGUAAUCAUGUUGAUAAUAAAUGACUGGCUAGACUGUUCAUCAAGUGAAGAAUGACACUUUUUAUUUACCAAGAAAAAUUAAUAAACAGAAGUCUUAGAA